AUGGACAACAAAUCCCCAGAAGACACGAACUCGCGAUCCAUCAGCCAGGUGGAAGGCGUGGUUUUGACUCAAUGGAAGAACACAUUUGCGGAGCUGAGGUACAUGCUCACAACCAAGGACGGAUGGAUAGGAGACUACGACUACCUGUAUCUGGUGACACCGAACAUCUGGCCAUUGAACCGGAGAUACAAAGACUACAAGACUCCAUUUUAUGGGCUCCACGACCGGGUACCAUUGUUGUUGACGCUCCUUCUCGGCCUGCAACACGCGCUCUGCAUGAUCGGUUCGAUAGUAUCACCGCCUCUCGCGAUAGCCUCUGGGGCGUUUCAUUUCGAAUCCGAAAUGACAGAAUACUUGGUAUCGACCGCUUUUAUCAUCACGGGUCUUGCGACUGCGCUACAGGUGACUCGGCUGCACAUCACCAAGACACCGUUCUUCAUCGGCACUGGGCUCUUGAGCGUGGUAGGACCGACUUUCGACAUCUUGCCUAUCGUCUUCAAUUACGCAGCACUGCGUUACAAGUCGGGCACUUGUCCAGUUGGCGAAGAUGGCACAGAAGUUGCCUGCCCUCAAGCCUGGGGCGCCGUGCUCGGCACCAUGCUUUGCUGUGUUUGGAUACAAGUCGCCAUGGCUUUCGUGCCUCCAAAGAUUCUCAACAAAGUUUUCCCGAAACUCAUCACUGGAUCCCUGCUGACCCUGAUCGGUGUCUACCUGGUCGGCAACGGCCUUCAAAAUUGGGGUGGUUCCUCGAACUGCCAUAGCGGAGAAGGUUUCUACGCGCUAUGCCCAGAUAUUUCUGCACCAAAGCCGCUUGCAUGGGGUCAUCCAAAAUUGAUUGGUCUAGGCUUCAGCGUCUUUGCGACCAUCGUCUUGGUGGAGGCAGUCGGGGCGCCAUUGAUGCGAUCUGCUGCUGUGAUCGUUGGCCUCGCUGUUGGAUGCGCGAUAUCAGGUGCGCUCGGAUACUGGUCAACUGAUCAGCUCGCAGCUGCUCCCAGCGGUACUUUCCUCUGGGUGCAUACUUUCGACCUGUCCGUCGAUGGCACGCUGGUAUUACCACUAAUCAUCAUGUUUGCCUGUCAAGCCAUAUCAUGCAUUCCAGAUCUAUUGGCAACAGCAGAGCUAUCUGCUGUAGACAUUGAGGGUGCCGAUUUCAGCAGCCGAAUCCAAGGUGGCAUAUUGUGUGACGGUCUCGGCAGUUUCUUCAGCGCACUCGCCACUGGGCCUCCCAUGGUUUCGCAGGCAGGUAACAACGGAGUCAUCGUUCUUACUGGCUGUGCGUCUCGCCGGGCGGGCUGGGCAGCCAGUGGCUUCUUGAUCCUGAUGGGAGUGAUUGCCAAGUUCGGGGCCAUCUUCGCUUCCAUGCCUCCUUCUGUCUUGGGAGGGAUGCAGGUGUUCCUAUAUUCCACUAUCGCUGUGGCUGGUGUACGCGUGCUGGCCUUGGUCAAUUGGUCUCGCCGCGACAGGUUCAUCCUCACUGUGGCGCUCGGAAUCGGAUUUAUGGACAUCUGCCAGCCAGAUUGGUUCUCCUCGAUUUUGACUUAUGAUGGACCCAACCAAAGUCUUGUCGGCCUCGAGCAGGGUAUCAACCUUGCUGUUGAGACACCGUUUGUGAUAUCAGCCAUAGUUGGCGUGUUUCUGAACAGUGUAUUGCCUAGAGACAAGGCUUCCGGCCCGACUGGUGGAUAUGGUGAUGAUGUCAGACAUCCCGUUAUUGGUGUACGUCAAAAUUAA